AUGUUCCCUCCCGAAUUCAGUUUGGACUUGGACGUCUCCAGUUCGUGGUUGGUUGUUUGUGCCGUCGCAGUCAACAUUCAACUCUUGCGUCUCUCAGUUGAAUACAUUCAAGCUUCCAACGACUCCAACUCGAACGAUUACAAAGAAGAGCAUCAUAUGAAGAAGACCUCCACCAAGGGGGGAAGCAAGAGUGAUUUAAAGAAAGGCUUGAAGGAAUCCAAGACCUCCUCCUAUGGUACUUUGGAUCCUGUGCCUGAUGCAGAAUCCCAACCACUUGUUGGAGACAAUUCACGACGGCUGGCGUCUUCCUUUGCCAUGCUAUCCUUCAAAUUACAAUGCUUGAUGAUGCUGAUAUUUACUGUGGCUGUCUUUAUUGAUGUUACGACCGUGAUUAGCGAUUGGUUUGUCCUCUUUGCUUUGCUAGUGGUGGCACUGGGAGCUCCCAUUACCCUCAGUGACAGGUACCGAAUGCGAUUUGGCCGAUUCCAGCGAUUUCUGUACUUGCUGAGCGCCAUGCUGGCGUGGCUUCCCAUUUUUAUCUCCUUCAUGAAAAAUCGAGAAGAUGCUACUACUGGUGAUUACGCUGUACUCUUGCUCAUAUCCAUGUACGGUAUAUGGAGUUGGGGUGAAUCUAUGAUUUUGCCAAUUCCAGGUGAGGAGGAUGACGAUGAGUUGUACAUUGCUCCUCCUCCCGAUACAAAGAAGGAGCUUUCGAGAGGUGCUAUGAUUAAAAUGUUGCGACCCUACUUUUGGCCCGAUGAAACCAGUGAUUCAGCCACUAUCAAUCGAAUUCGUGCCAUCUUCACCUGGGUCUGCGUUAUUUUGUCGAAGGUUUGCAAUCUCACAAGCCCUUUGUUUUUGGGAUGGGCAAGUACUGCGUUGGCUCAUGAAGACUAUGGAAAGACAAUCGAGUAUUCGAUCCUAUACGCUUUCAUUCAAUUUUUGGGCUCCACCUUCAAGGAAGGUCAGUCACUGAUCUACCUAAAGGUUGCUCAGGCUGCCUUUGUCCAGCUUUCGGAACAAAGCUUUGUGCAUCUCCAUUCCCUCAGUUUAGAUUGGCAUUUACAGAAGAAACUGGGAGAGGUGAUUCGAAGUAUGGAUCGAGGAAUUGCCGCUUGUGACACUUUGAUGAAAUACUUGUUCCUUUGGCUGGUUCCCGCCAUGGUUGAGUGUGUGGUAGUUUGCUUGAUUUUUGCCACCUACUUUGACUAUCUUCCCUUGGCUCUGUCGGUGUUUUACUUCGUGUGGGCGUAUGUUGUGUGGACUAUUCUUGUGACUUUGUGGAGGAAGAAAUUUCGAAAAGCCGUUGUCCAGUCGGAUAAUGAAUGGCACGAUCGCUUCACAGACUCCCUAGUCAACUUUGAAACGGUCAAGUACUUCACGGCCGAAGACCAUGAACGUCAACGUUUUGGAGCUUCAGUGCGAAAGUACCAAAAGGGGUCGGUCCAAGUCCAAGCUAGUCUUUCUUUUUUGAACAUAAGUCAACGCGUCAUCUUGCAAACUUGCUUGGGAGUGUCCUUGAGUUUGGCGGCAAUGGGAAUCAAGAAACGAAUCGAUUGUUGCAGAGAUCAUGGUUGUGAUGUUGGUGUGGGCGAAUGCUGCAAGGCAAUUGACAUCGAUACUUGUCCUGGAAUGCAAGUUGGAGACUUUGUCGCUGUCUUGACCUACAUCAUCCAACUCUUCCAACCACUCAACUUUUUGGGCAGUAUUUAUAACGCCGUCGUAAUGGCCUUUGUAGAUUUGGCCAAUCUAUCACAGCUUCUAGCAGAGAGUCCCGAUGUCCAAGAUUCGCCCAGCGCGGUUGAUCUACCUGCUACAAACGAAUUUGAUCCCGACAUUGCGGUAGAGUUUGAUAAUGUCAGUUUCAAUUAUCCUUCGCAGCUCCAAAAGAAGGGUCUGAAGGGAGUUAGUUUUAAGAUGAAGCGAGGAACCACGACUGCCAUUGUAGGUCCCACUGGAGCCGGAAAGACAACUAUUUCGAGAUUGUUUUUUAGAUUCUAUGACGUCAAUCGCGGGGCGAUCAAGAUCAAUGGAAUUGAUCUCCGUAGCAUCUCGCAGACACAACUGAGACAGGCAAUUGGUGUCGUCCCACAAGCCGCUUGCAUGUUCAAUGAUACGAUUCGCUUCAACUUACGAUAUGGCAAACAAGAUGCCACUGAUGAAGAGCUGGAGCAAGCCGCGAAUGAUGCACAGUUGCUAGAUUUUAUCAAGAACCUGGAGAACGGUUGGGACACGAUGGUAGGAGAUCGCGGGCUCAAACUCUCUGGUGGCGAGCAGCAACGAGCUGCCAUCGCACGGUGCUUGUUGAAAGAUCCACCGUUCGUCUUGCUGGAUGAGGCAACCUCGGCGUUGGAUACCAUUACCGAAAACAGCAUUCAAGAGGCUUUGGAUCGCCUUGGCGCACAAAGAACCGUUUUGGUGAUUGCCCAUAGAUUGGGAACAAUCCGCAAUGCAGACAACAUCAUAGUACUCAAAGAUGGUUCGGUCGCAGAGCAAGGUACCCAUGAGCAGUUGAUGAAGCAAAAUGGUGCCUACGCAGAAAUGUGGAACAUGCAAUUGCAUUCCACCGCAGAUCGACCACCAACACCAGAAGAAUGA